CUUACAAGAGACGUUUGCACUUAACAGCAUGGCAAAAUCAUCUCAAAUAUGGUCCAGUAGUCAGACAAGGCCCGAAUAAGCUCGUAUUCAGUACAAUUACAGCUACUAGAGGUAAAUCUUAACAUCUACGAAUACGAUUCUAGCCCAGCAGAUGUGGCUAAGUCAGGUGGUAGAUAUAUAUCGGACAGACCUUACUACCAAACCUAAGGCAUAUAUGACAUUGGGACCUGGACUGACCAAAUACAAUGUUCUCACUGCUCCCGACAACCAUCUACACCGAACUAGGAGGCAACUCGUCGGGCAGGCUUUAACCGACCGGUCCUUGCGAGCUUUCGAACCUACCAUGAUCAAGCAAAUCGACAUUUUCAUUCGAAAUGCCCUUAGUUCGGCGCAGAGGUCACAAUAUUUCAACAUAACAGAAGAAGCUAGGCGACUAGGACUCGAUAUCGCAGGUCUUUUAUCUUUCGGUUAUGACCUCCGUCUCCAGACAGAUGAACAACAUCGCUUCAUGCCCACAAUGCUCACAGCGGGGACAUUUUGGAGUAGCGUUUUCCUGCAAUAUCCUAACGCCCGAAAAUUCCGUUUUGGAUUGAUUGCGGUCCAAGCCUUCCGAAAGCUACAUGAGCCGUAUCUAUCCCUCAUGCAGAAGAUGAUAAGUUCCCACAUGGCGGAGGAAAAGGAGGCGAAGCACGAUCUUUUCUCGCACAUCGCCCACGCCUUUAGUGUAGACGUAGAGUCCGAUGGUCUUCGAGAUAGUGAUCUUUGGUCUGAGGCAAAUCUCUUUUUAACAGCUGCCGGUGACACGGUCAAAACCUCCAUUAGUGCCGUGUUUUUCUACUUAUCUCGCAAUGCAGACCCUUACCAGAAAUUGGCUGAUGAAAUUCGCACCACGUUCCAAAACGGGAGUGAAAUCAAUGGGCAAACGAUUGCGGGUUGUCAAUACCUACGAGCAUGUGUUGACGAAGCCUUGCGAAUGUCUCCGCCGGCCGCUGGUAUACUAUGGCGAGAGCAGGCUUCCGAAACGAGGGGUCAACCGCUUAUCGUCGACGGCCACGUCAUCCCGGAAGGUACAGUGAUCGGCGUAAAUAUAUAUUCAUUACAUCACAACGAAGAAUAUUUCCCUGAUUCGUUCACAUAUCGUCCAGAGCGUUGGGUUGAAGAGCUGGAUCCGGAGGUCAAGAAACGCAUGCGAGAAGCUUUCAUCCCCUUUUCCAUUGGCCCUCGUGGAUGCGCGGGGAAGUCAAUGGCGUAUCUAGAAACUUGCCUAGUCAUCGCCAAAUCGUUAUGGUAUUUCGAUUUCGAAGCCGCCCCGGGGAGUCUAGGAAGAGUUGGAGAGGGACAGCCAGGUAUGGAAUUGGGCAGGGAAAGAAAGGAAGAAUUUCAACUAUAUGACACUUUUACGUCAAUGCACGAAGGCCCGUAUCUAAAAUUUCAACCUCGGGGAAACUAUUGGAAAGAUUUGGCUAAGAAUGAAUAACAACGGGCGGUACUAGCACACUUAUCCGUCAGAUGGAAAUUAUCACAGCUCCGAGAACAAGCCACAUCCUCUACUAAAUUGGGUCAUAUAUCACCUUAAUUGUCUACUCGGAUUGUCGUACGGUAUCGCUAAAGCGUAA